AUGGCUCCAAAAGGGUAUGUCUCUGGUGAAGACAGUACGAGAGGCUCCCAAGAACAUUAUCUUAUAUCUGCCUCUGAUGUUUGGGAGAAACGGAACUGGACAGACUGGAGAACAUGUUUGGACAUUCUGAACACAGAAACCCGGAAAUCAAGUCUUGUUCAACAUCAGAGAAUUCACACAGGGGAGAAGCCAUUGUCAUGCUCAGAAUGUGGGAAAUGUUUCAGUUGUAAUUCGAAUCUUAAAGAACAUGUAAAAACGCACACAGGGGAGAACCCAUUUUCAUGUCCUGAAUGUGAGAAGUGUUUUAGUCAGAAAUCAUAUCUUGUACGUCAUCUGAGAAUUCACACAGGAGAGAAGCCAUUUUCAUGCUCAGAAUGUGGGAAAUGUUUUGCCCAUAAUUCAACUUUUAAUAUUCACCAGAGAAUUCACACAGGGGAGAAACCAUUUUCAUGCUCAGAAUGUGGAAAAUGUUUUACCCAUGAUUCAACUUUUAAUAAUCACCAGAGAAUUCACACGGGGGAGAAGCCAUUUUCAUGUCCUGAAUGUGAGAAGUGUUUUAGUCAGAAAUCAUAUCUUGUAAGUCAUCUGAGAAUUCACACAGGAGAGAAGCCAUUUUCAUGCUCAGAAUGUGGGAAAUGUUUUACCCAUAAUUCACAUUUGAAUAAUCACCAGAGAAUACACACGGGGGAGAAGCCAUUUUCAUGUCCUGCAUGUCAAAAGUGUUUUAGUCAAAAAACACAACUUGUAAUGCAUCUAAAAACUCACACAGGAGAGAAGCCAUUUUCAUGUCCUGACUGUGAGAAGUGUUUUAGCCAGAAAUCAUAUCUUAUGGACCAUUUGAGAAGUCACACUGGGAAGAAGCCAUUUUCAUGUCCUGAAUGUGGGAAGUGUUUUGGUCAUAAAUCAAAUCUUACAAAUCACCUAAGAACUCACACAGGAGAGAAGCCAUUUUCAUGUCCUGACUGUGAGAAGUGUUUUAGCCAGAAAUCAAAUCUUAUGACACAUUUGAGAAGUCACACUGGGAAGAAGUCAUUUUUGUGCUCAGAAUGUGGGAAAUGUUUUGCCCAUAAAUCAAGUCUUGUUAAUCAUCAGAGAAUUCACACAGGGAAAAAGCAAUCCUCCAUAACUGUCUCCCAGACUGCCUAGUAAUGAUACCCUCUACAGUACCCCCAAUAGCAAUUCCCCCCCAAGAGUCCCCCCAUUAGUAGCAAUGCCCUCCAUACUGUGCCCAAUCAUACCCCCAAAGUCCUCCCAGUAUUAAUCAUGCCCCCAUAGCGCCCCUAGUAGAAAUAAGGCCCCCCCUAUUGUGCCCCCAGUGUUUUGCUGAUGAGAGCAAGACUUUAGAUUCAGAGACUCUUAACUACAACUUCACAUGAAGGUGACCACCACACAACUACACUCCAAAUGAAAGCUGAUAACGUGAUUCUAUUAAAUAUAACAUAAUAAGUAUAUAGAUAUAGAGAUAUCAUAUCCUAAGCCAUGUCAAGCUAAUUUUAUCCCUGGCUCCUAGAAUUUGUGAUUUGCAGCUGUUCAGCAAGCAUAGUAUUAGCAGGCCACCAUUCAUUUUAAUUUGUACAUCAUCUCUGUCUUCCCUGCCCCCUUCUAGUGAUGCACCUUCUUUUUCCUAAGAAGAGCCAACAACACCUCAUGUGCGAUGGAAGAUACUCGAGAACAGUCAGUGUUUGGACUGUUCUGAGGUUCAAGCAGGGGCAGUGGACCUAAUGACUCAAAUGAAUAUCCGUCUUGGUGGUGGUAGUAGUUUCAUUUGUAGCCAGAGUAAUGGCGGUAGGGGCACUGGUAUUCCUGGU